CCCGCGCACGCGCACGCGCGCCUCCACGGCCGGGUCGCGGCUGGAGUGAGGGCGCGCUGUGUGGAGCAGCGGAGGCACGGCGCUGCUUCCACAGCUGCUCAGGAGGGGAGCAUGUCUGCAAUUCGAGCCAAGAAAGUGAAGAUGGCCACCAAAUCGUGCCCCGAGUGCGACCAACAGAUUCCUGUUGCGUGUAAAUCAUGUCCCUGUGGUUACAUAUUUAUUAGCAGAAAACUACUAAAUGCAAAACAUUCAGAGAAAUCACCACCGUCUACAGAAAACAAGCACGAGGCCAAGAGGAGGCGAACAGAGAGAGUUAGGCGAGAGAAGAUAAAUUCUACAGUAAAUAAAGAUUUAGAAAACAGAAAGAGAUCUCGAAGUAACAGCCAUUCAGAUCAUAUCAGACGAGGAAGAGGAAGACCUAAAAGUUCAUCCGCCAAAAAACACGAGGAAGAGAGAGAAAAACAGGAAAAGGAAAUCGACAUCUAUGCUAACCUCUCUGAUGAGAAGGCUUUCGUGUUUUCAGUUGCCUUGGCAGAAAUAAAUAGAAAAAUUAUCAAUCAAAGACUUAUUCUCUGAUAUUUGUCUUCAAACUCUGUUGGUUGCCACUUUCUUCAGGAUUACAUCAGCAAAUCCUCAGACAGUCGCAGACUGAGGAGCACUCGGACUGUGUGAAUGAGGGCCUCUGAUUGCUUUCUCUGUUUUCUAGUCUGCUGCCACGCUUUGGGAGCAAAGCUGUGGGCGAGACUUUGCUGGGAUUUCCUUGUUUACCAAGGGUCAUUAUCAGUGUUUUGUGUUGGGAUAUUACUAAAUGUAUUUACAAAAACAAACAAACAAAACGACCAGAAAAGCCCCGGAACCUGGAUGGGUCUUUCCAGAUUGAAGGGACAGGAGUGAGGGUGGAAUACACAGCUGGAGCAGCUGACAAGCUUGCUAGUUUUCAGGUUCGCACCAGAAAGUCCUGUCUUAAGUUCUGUCAGGAGAGUGACUUUUAAAUGUAUGUAUUUCAGGCUUUCACCAUUAACAGAUUGCAUAUAUACAAUCCAUUGACUUUUAAUAAAUUGGUAAUUGAUAUUUUAUUGAAUGGAGAAUACGAAUAUAGAUUAUAAAUUCUGUCUUUGACCUUUUUCUU